AGACAUCAAAGUUCUCUGAUGUAUCUUUUACAAUCUAUUGUUUCAUUCACUUCAUUCCAACAAAAGAGUCAGCACGAUGCAGGAGCAAGAGCAAGAGCAGCUUACAGGCCGUCCUUCAGAGCCUAAUUAUCGAAAAAGGAGCUUGACUCCAGACAGGGGACGAAGCCCUAGCAGGAACAGGAGAAGAAGCAGAAGUAGAGGUACAAGCAGAAGCAGGAGCGGGAGCAGGAGAAGUCGAAGCCGAAGCAGGGACAGAGACUCACAGUCUCAGUGGCAUGGACGUCAUCACAGCGCAGAAUCAAACAAGAGUCGUGGAAGUAGCCAGAGCCCGCCUCAUAACCGCGGUGGAUAUUUUAGACCCUCAUCCUCUAAAGUACAUGCACAGCGCGAAUGGGAUAGAGAUAAACCUAGAGAUUAUGAUCGUAGAUCCUCAGACAGAGAUAGGGGAUACCAUCAUCGGAACAGUGGCGGUAACAGUGGCGGUAACAGUGGCGGUAACAGUGGCGGUAACAGUGGCGGUCGACAGCAUGACCAAUAUGGAAAACAGGAUUAUAGAAACCAAGGCACAUCGAUGAGGAUAGGACAAAGACGGGGCAGGAUGCUGCAUACUAAUAACAACUCGAAUUCCAGGGAUUCACAUCACCGCUGCCCCGAAUGUGGACUGAACGAAGGCCAUAUGGAGAACUGCCGUCAGUCUUUGUCAAGCAAGCAAGGAGCCAAUCAUUUUGAUCAAGGAAGCUGGUCCAGUUCAACAACAUCAUGGUCACCCGCAAAUCCAGUGCAUACAGUGCGUCCAUCACAGUAUUACUCGGAUCCAGCAAUGCAGACUGUAUUGAAUGUAGGUGCGCGUGAUAUUGGAUCUGUCCCUAACUCUAUGUUGGUCAUCACGGACUUGCCAUCCAUGGUAAAUGAGUCUGGACUAUGGAACGCUCUCGUGCGACUGGGACCACUCGCACGAGUGAUGCUUGUCAAGGACAGGCAGUCAAGGAUCAGCUGGGGCUAUUGCUUUGCAGAAUAUAUUGAUGUCCAGAGUGCAACCGCCGCAUUAGAAAAAGCCCACAGCGGAGGAGACUUCACGGUUCAAAACAAGCCAGUGAAAAUCAAUUAUGCACAUCAUGGAUCAUUUAUUCCAGCAUAUGCUCCAACGCAAUGGACGUUUAAUCUUGGCGAUGACGAAAACAAACUAGCAAUAUACUGGGAUGAACAGGCAUUUCUGUCUAUAUACGUUGACCCUGCGGCAGCAGUAAAGAUGACCAAGGCAACGGUUAACAACGGUAAGUCUUUUUAGAUUUCACACUCUUCUUCUUCUCUUCUGCUUUUCCCGCUUAAAAGUGAAAUUCAAACUUCUUUUACAAAACGGUUUUAACUACGUGUCUGUGUGAUGCUAGAACCCAAAAAGAAGGCGCCGAAUAAACCUGUGGAUGAGCUUGAUGCGUUUUAUGCCUCUUUGGGCGACGUACUCAAACCAGACCCAUCAUCUAGGGCUGAGUCGUCCGUCUUUUCUGUACCUACAUCAACAACAGCAACUGCAAUCGCUGUCGAUAAUGGAGCGGCGCCAAGUGCAACUGGAGCCCCGAUGCCGACCCCGAUGCCUGUUAUGACCCAAGAGUUGCCUACCAUACCUACCACUGCCAGGGUAGAUGAGAUCCAGCUUGCUGGCAUUGCUGCGGCUCAAGCGG